ACUUUUCAAAACAAAAAACAAAAAAUAUGCUAAAUUUUGACAAUAUUUGCCGUACUUGUUCCUUGCAGGGGGAAUUACAACCCCUUUUCGUUGAAGAUUUACUAAAUCCUGCAGAAAUGUUAACCCAGAUAGUUGAUAUUAAGGUGAUUAAAGGCGAUAAAUAUCCACAAAAUAUUUGUUCGAGAUGUUUGGAUUCUUUAAGAUCUGCUUACAUAUUCAAGAAUCAAUGUCAAAAUGCGUAUAAAAAGUUUGAACAAUAUUUAUCACUUAAUUCAGAAACUAAGCUAGAUUGUAAAGAAGAACCGGUUAAUGCUGUUUUUAUAAAAGAAGAGAAACAAUCAGAUCAUUCAGAAAUUGAUGACGAUUGGUUCGGAUUAGAUAAUGAAUUAGAAAAUAAUACAGAGAACAAAUCUUACGAGUGUGAGACAUGUGAUGUAAAAUUUGAAAAUCAAAAAAAUUACGAAAGGCACUUAAAAAAGCAUAAACAAUUGUAUAUUUGUCCUAUUUGUGGUGAACAAUUUUCUAGUAAAUAUCCCUUAAAACAACAUAGCCUUAAACAUUCAGAUGAAAAACCUUACAAAUGUGAAAAAUGUAACGUACAAUUCAAAUAUCCAAAGAAUUACAAAAGUCAUCUCAAAAAGCACGAGGAAUCAUACAUUUGCUCUAUUUGUGGUAACCAGUUUUCAAGUAAAAAACGGUUAGAAAAACAUAACCGCGAACAUUAUAUUGAAAAGACGAAUAUUGACGAAGAAUCUGAAAAAUCUUUCAACCCAUGUCCCGGAGAGUUAAAUAAUGCAAGUGAUGAUCUGUUUACUCCAAAUAAAGCUACAGAAACAACUUGUACAAAAAUUCUACCUAAAAAGAAAUAUUUAUGCGACUACUGCGGACGUGACUAUCACGAUGUUUCAAAACUAAAUGAUCACAUUCGAACUCAUACCGGUGAAAAACCUUAUUCAUGUAAUGAAUGCAAUAAAUUAUUUACAAGUCAAUCACUUUGGAGCCAUCAUAAUCGUAUACACCAUACAAAAGAAAAACGUUAUAAAUGUACCUUUUGUGAGAAGACAUUCGCAAUGUCCCAAAGGUUAAAACAUCACCUGAGGAUACAUACGAAUGAUAAACCAUUCACAUGUGAUAUUUGUAAUCAAAAAUUUCGAAUAAAACAUCAUUUAAUUCGACAUCAAUUCGUACAUACCGGUGAAAAACCAUUUUCAUGUAGUAUUUGUGAUAAAAAAUUCACACAAAAUAGUAAUUUACGGUCGCACAUGAGAACACAUACCGGGGAAAAAUCGUACGUGUGUUCAAUAUGUAGUGAAGUUUUCCAUGACUUAAAUAGUAUGAAAAAUCAUCGUGCUAAGCAUGUAUUACAAUAAAGAAAAUUAAGAUGUAAUUAAUAAGAAUGUAAAAUUAAAAAAAAAUAUUAUUUCAGUUAUUUAUUACUUUUUCUUCAAAAUAACAGCGAAUUCAUCUAUAAAGCGAUUGGCGACGAGCGCCACUCGAUCAACAGCUAAACUGUAUGAAAUCAUGUUAAAUGCUUGAAAAACUUACAAUCCAAACAUAAUUUCUUACAGUCCAGUUGACAAUCUGAACUGUAC